AUGGUGCAAUGCUUGAAACAGAAAGGCCAUGUGGUUGCAGUGACAGGUGACGGCACAAAUGAUGCACCGGCGUUGAAAGAAGCUGAUAUAGGACUUUCUAUGGGAAUUCAAGGCACGGAAGUUGCCAAAGAGAGCUCAGAUAGUGUGAUCAUGGAUGAUAACUUUGCAUCAGUGGCCACAGUUUUGAAAUGGGGAAGAUGGGUUUACAAUAACAUCCAGAAGUUUAUCCAAUUCCAGCUCACUGUCAAUGUUGCAGCUCUUGUGAUCAACUUUGUAGCAGCAAAUUCGCAAUGCUCGACAAGAAGAAAGGUUGAAGGCUCUAGAGCAGUAGAUGGUUGCAAAAGCAGAAUGCCAUUUUCUUUGGUGUUUGCUAAGAGUGCUUUUUUGAACAGCAAAAAGCAACGCAAUUUCAAUGCACCCAAGUUUCGCAUGCAGGGUGGUCGACAUGCUGCUGCUCAGCUCAAUUGA